CCCUGGGGAAGGGAAAAGGCUGCGGAGCGCGGAUCAGAGCGCAGAGAGGCUGGUGGAGCUCCUUGCGGCUCAGUGCAGCGCACCCACGAGCCCAGGGCGCGGUGUCCAACUAGCAGACGGCGCCCCUCGGAGCCUUGCCGCGAGGCAGGACUAAAUGGAAAGAGACUACAGGACUGAUCAGAGAGGAUGAGAAACAAGGAAUGCUUCUGAAGGAGCUCCCAAAGACAAUACUGAGACCCUAGAUGUGUCCAGGGACAUCUUGAAGAAGCUGAGGGGCUGAGGAGCCUUAGAGCACCCACAGGGAGAUUCCUGAAGCCGACUAGGAGCCUCUGAAUUUGUCUGCUGUUUGAGUAUCCUUGGAUUCUUGUCCCACUUCAACCCCUGUUGCUAUGGAGACCACCAAUGGUACUGAGACUUGGUACAAGAGUCUGCAUGCUGUGCUGAAGGCUCUAAAUGCCACUCUUCACAGCAACUUGCUCUGCCGGCUGAGUCCAGACAACCUGACUGAGGAGCGGCACGCCAGCCUACCUAGCCGUGAUGACAACUCCUACAUGUACAUUCUCUUUGUCAUGUUCCUAUUUGCUGCCACUGUGGGCAGCCUCAUCCUGGGAUACACCCGCUCCCGCAAAGUGGACAAGCGCAGUGACCCCUAUCAUGUGUACAUCAAGAACCGUGUGUCCAUGAUCUGAUGCUAGGAGGCUUGAGAUGGCAGAUUAAGACACCUGAGGAUUAUCUUCUGGGGCCUCCAGAACUCAGCUAUGGACCAUGUCAGGCCUCAGUGUCCUUAUCUGUAAGAUCAACAAGAAACUGCUGAGAGAGGUCAUUAUUGGGGUAGGUGAAGAGGGUCUGGGAGACCUGGGCCUUGUAGAUAAGGAUUUUUUCCCAGCAAAGAUAGACUUCAUAGACAGUGGGAGCCCUAUGAACAAAUAUAUAGAAGUAGCAACAUAUGAUGACCAAUCAGUAGUCUAGUGGCCAGAGUACUGGGGGCUUGGAGCUGGAGGAAGGAGAAAAGGAAGUUGUAUUAGAGGGAAAUGAAAUAGGAAGAUGCCCUCAGGACACAAUUUUUGACUUGUGACCUUCAACAAACAUGAGCAACAGCAGUGAUUAUCCCAUAUCACGACAGGAAAUCUGAGUAAUGUUAUUUAUUUAUAUUUGCCCACAUUUGAUGUUUUCCUACCCAUUUAAUGUCUGUGAUUUUACUCCCAAGAGGGAAGCAGAGCAAGUGCCAUUCUGUCCAUUUGGGCCAGAGCAGUCCCAUGACUGGCACCCAGUAACUCUGGGCUCCUUGCCUAGUGCUUUUCAAAAGUCUGUGCCACCCAGGAAUAGAUCUAGACCUGAAACAUAUACAAUUCUGGGGGGCCCUCCUGAAAAAAAAGAAUUUAAAAAUAUCUUAAUUUUGUAAAUAUUACAAAAAUAUAUUACCAUGUUAAUACAUUGUUAGGGCCCCUCCUAAGACCUUAAGAUGGAGCCACAUGAGUACAGGGCCCUGAUUGUUAAGCCUCAUUAGCUCUGAGGUUCCUGUGCCCCUCCAGCCAUGUCCCAGUGCCCUUCCCAGCCACAUCUCCAAGCAUGGGGAAUUCACUACCUCUAAGGCAGCCUUCAACAUUUUGAUUGAAUUCUGUGAGAAAUUUUGAUACCAAGUUGAAAUCUGCAUCUAGAAGAUUAUUAUCACACAUAGAUCACACAUAGAAGAUUGCUAUAUUAAAAGAAACAGCAUGAAAAGGCAGGUACCUGAUUCAUUGGAGAGAGAACCAGCCCUGAUUCUACCAUGAGUGCGGUGUAUAAUAAACUGGCUAGACAUUUCUC